GGAAAUUUUGGAGAGAGAGGAUUCAGCCCGGAGCGUGGUGUACACCUUCCCGCAACUCACCAUCCAAGAGUUUGUAGCCGCACUCGCACAAUUCAUGAAUGUAGAUCGCGGGGAUAUCACGACACUCCUCAUUGAAGCCCAUGGCAUGACAAACGGCCGAUUUGAAGUAUUUCUCCGUUUUGUCGCUGGUCUCUCCUCCCCACGGGCAGUUUGGAUCCUGCUGGAGUUUCUGGGUAAAUUUCCUCAUCAAACAAUCUGCCGAGUGAUUGACUGGGUGAAGGAGGAGGUUAAACGCCGGGCUAGAAAAACAGGAAGUGACGCUGGUAAACGGAGCCUCCUGAACACGCUGCACUACCUGUUUGAGUCUCAGAAUCCUGCACUGGCUCAGCAGACACUGGGAUCUGUGGGAAAACUUUCAUUCCGUGGACUGGGACUGACUCCGAUUGACUGUGCGGUCCUGUCUCAUGCCAUCAGGCUCUGAGAUACAAUCAAACACCUCGAUCUGGUGAGCAGCCGCAUUCAAUGUGAAGGUCUCCCGCGGCUGGGACCGGCUCUGCACAAGUGUCAGUGCUUGGGACUGGGAGACAACGACCUGGGAGAUUCUGGAGUGAACCCGGUGUCUGCGGCUCUGAGGAACCCGGACUGUAAAAUACAGAGCCUGAUGCUGAUGGAUGUCGAUCUCACAGAUUCUGGAGCUGAGGAUCUCGUCUCCGCUCUCAGUACAAACCACUUACUGAUAGAGCUGUUGCUGAGUGGGAAUAAACUGGGAGAUUCUGGAGUGAAACCGGUGUCUGCGGCUCUGAGACACCCGGACUGUAAAAUACAGAAACUGGGGCUGGGCAGUGUCGGUCUCACAGAUUCUGGAGCCGAGGAUCUCGUCUCCGCUCUCAGUACAAACCCCUCAUUGACGGAUCUGGGGCUGGCAGGCAACUCGCUCACAGACCGAUCUAUGCCCGCUCUCCGCAGCCUCAUACUGAACCACCCGAGACUGAAGCGGAUCAGGCUGGUGGGGAAUGAGUUCAGUGCGACCGGGAAGAAGGAACUGAGGUCACUGCAGGAAACCAGACCCGGACUGAGUGUGGACGUGUGAACAUCUCUGGGUGUAAA